AUGGCCCCUCCCAAGGUCUUCUCCCUCGAUGGCAAGGGCCUCAAGCUUGAUACCGCUGAGGAUGUCGAGGCCCAUGUGAAGCCUCUUCUCGAGGAUACUUCUUUCACCGAGGUUCGCCUGGGCGGAAAUACCUUUGGCAUUGCUGCCUCGGAGCGCCUGGCUUCCGUCCUCGCAACCCAGAAGAGCCUCGAGGUGGCCGAUCUGGCCGACAUCUUUACGUCGCGCCUCUUGUCGGAGAUCCCUCCUGCAUUGACGGCUCUCCUGAACGCCUUGGUGGAAAUCCCUACUCUGCAUACUGUGAAUCUGUCCGACAACGCCUUCGGUCUCAACACGCAAGCGCCCCUCGUCGACUUCCUCUCCCGCCAUGUCCCUCUUCGCCACCUGAUAUUGAACAACAACGGCCUUGGCCCGGCCGCCGGAGCCCUCAUCGCCGAAGCGCUGACCAAGCUGGCAGAGCGCAAGGAGGAGGCGCGCAAGUCUGGCAAGGAAGUUCCGUUGCUCGAGACCAUUGUCUGCGGACGGAACCGUCUGGAGAAUGGCAGCAUGCAGGCAUGGGCUGCUGCCUACAAGGCCCACGCUGCGGGCAUUCGCUCGGUGAAAAUGACGCAGAAUGGCAUUCGACAGGAGGGUAUCUCUUUGCUCUUGAAGGAAGGGUUGAGCCACGCCUCGGCUCUCGAGGUCCUGGACCUCCAAGAUAACACCUUCACCCUCCUGGGAUCUACCGCUCUGGCAGGCGUGAUUCACGGCUGGCCGUCGUUGCGCGAGCUGGGUGUGGGCGACUGCCUGCUGUCGGCGCGGGGCGGAAUUAAGAUUGCAGAAGCCCUUGCCGCUGGCAAGAACCAGAAGAUCCAGAUUCUGCGCUUGCAGUACAACGAGAUUACCGCGGAGGGUGUCAAGCUAUUCCUGCACGCGGCCAAGACUGCGCUGCCUGCGUUGAGACGGAUCGAGCUGAACGGAAACAGAUUCUUUGAGGAUGAUGGCAAUGUCGAGGAGCUCCGGGCACUCCUGGAGAAACGGAAGGAAGAGCAUGGCAAGGAGGAUGACCCCGAAGACGCAUGGGGCAUCGAUGAGCUGGACGAACUCGAAGAAGACAGCGAAGAAGGGGGCGAGGAAGAGGAGGACGAAGAAGAGGAAGAGGAAGAGCACAAGGCGACCAAGAUCGUCAAGGAGGCCGUGCAGUUGGAGGACCAGACUGUCUCGGAGAAGGAAGACAAGGACGUCGACCAGCUGGCUGAGACUCUCGGAAAGACGGGAAUAUAA